CCGCUUUCGUAUAUCAUUGUGAACGCGGCGUAACAACGCGGCCAUUUCGACUCAGUUCCGUUAGUAGCGUUUCGCAUCGCAAGCCGUCACCGCGUGUUCCGGUGUUAUCGAUUUUCGUGUCAUGGAACUCGAGACGAUUAAAAAGUUCAUAAAUUUAAUACGAAGUUAUCCAGAAAUAUAUGCAGUUGGACAAUCAGAUUAUAAAAACAUGUACAAAAAGGAAAUUGCGUGGAAGAAAAUUAAAGAAAAGAUAGGGAUGGACGCUAAAAAGUUGAAGAUAAAAUGGAGAAAUCUAAGAGAUACUUAUAUAAAACACAAAAAUUGCCGUCGAUCAGGCAUUAAAGGACCAAAUACUUUAUACAACUGGGUGUGGGCGAAUGAAAUGGCAUUCGUAGAACCGUACAUUAAAUUAAGACCAAAAAAUAUUGCACAAAAUAAUUCUAUUAAUUGUACCGAUUCCGAUGUAAAUGUUAUUUCAGACGAAGAAAAUGAACAGAAAGAGACUCAAAAUGUCGAAAGUUCUGAACCAGAAACGGAAGAGAUCGAUAGAGGUCCAGUAAAACGGCGACGACAUGAAAGCGACGAAGAUACUGACGACAUCGUGUCAAAUAUAAACACAGAUAGAAACACACAAGAAACCGUUGUGAAUGUCCCAUGUGACAGAACAGAUAUGGAGUUUCUGGGCUAUGCCAAUACAGUGAAGAAACUGUCUCUGCGCAGCCAAGCACUUAUAAAAUUUCAAAUAACAAAGAUUCUAACACGAUAUCAAAUCCAAGAAUUGAGUAGUAAAAAAUACACGUUAAGUAAUGCUUCAUGUAAUGAAGACGGGUAAAAUAUGAAAAAUACAACUAAAGCAUAUAUUCUAUAUAGAAACUACGUCUAAAACUUCCCAAAGGGACGACGUCGUGUGUUUAGAUUAAGAUCCUUGUAAGUACAUAAUGCCAUCCACAUCGCCGAGAACGAGAAUGGAGAACCACCCUUCGUGAGAGGGACAAGAGGAGAGGUCGCGACCCUCAGGAGUGAGUGAAUGAUGCGCAAAGAGAAGUACCCAAAGAAACGUAAAUCUUCGAAACUACUAUUGUAUAUAUACGUCAACGUUGUAUCAUCGAUGCGGUUAACAGGAAUUUACAAAAUUUCAACUGUAUUUGCUCCGCCAUUUUGAAAAUCGCACCCACUUUUCUCACGAAGAUCUUAACAAACAUGUGGCGAGCGACAGGCUUUGGCGAUGAAAGAACAAAAUGUUGGCGACGCGUACCGUGUAUGCCUUUA